UUGUAGUUCAUUAUUUCCUGGUGUCUUCAGAAGAAGUUUCAACAGCCUUCACACUGACCUCUUACUGUCAGAUCUGGUUCCUCCUCCACCAUGGUCGGUAAGAAGGUCUUUUGGGGGCUCUUACAUGUGCUGUUGUUGUUUGACUCUUAUGCAGCCGAUGAAUGUGAGAAAAUGACGGACCUCAAUAUUCCAGACUCCUUUGCCGGCACGGCUGUGGAUGUGAGGUUAUUGUUUUACACACGUGCGAACGCCUCCUGCGGUCAGCUGCUCUCUCAUGAAGGCCCCUUCAGCAAUCCCAACUUUGACCUCUCUCGGCCCACCACCUUCCUUAUCCACGGGUACCGGCCCACCGGCUCGCCCCCAGUGUGGCUAUACCGGUUUGUGGAGUUUCUUCUGGUGCGCAGUGAUUUGAAUGUUUUCGUGGUGGAUUGGAACCGCGGUGCGACCAAUGUCAACUAUCUAAAAGUGGUGAAAAACACACGUGUGGUGGCUAAGAAGCUGACGGAGCUCAUCCAAAAAAUGAAGGAUAAAGGGGCUAUGCUCAGCUCCAUACACAUGAUUGGUGUUAGUCUGGGAGCCCACAUUUCAGGUUUCACCGGGGCCAACUUUAAUGGUGAAAUAGGCAGAAUAACAGCACUGGAUCCAGCAGGGCCGCAGUUUAACGGUCAGCCAGAAAGUAAACGUCUCGACCCCUCUGAUGCAAAGUUUGUGGAUGUUCUUCACACAGAUAUGGAUGCACUGGGCUACAGGAAUCUGCUGGGUCACAUUGACUACUAUGCAAACGGUGGAGCAGACCAGCCAGGAUGCCCCAGGACCAUCUUUUCAGGAUCUCAGUAUUUCAAGUGUGAUCACCAGAGGUCAGUGUUUCUUUAUUUGAGCUCUUUGAAUGGCUCCUGUCCCAUUACUGCCUACCCCUGUGACUCCUACACAGACUUCCUCGAUGGGAAGUGCAUGGAUUGUAGGAAGUUUGGGUCUGCCGGAUGCCCUGUUUUUGGUCAUGAUGCUAUUCGCUGGAAAGAGUCACUGGUGAAGUUUGGCCAAACACGGACAUAUUUCCAAACGAAUAAAGCUUCUCCAUUCUGCAAGUUCGGUUACAAGGUCGAUAUUGUGACAUGGAAUCAGAGAAAACAUUGGGGUUAUUUAACCAUGACAUUACAAGAUGGACAACAAGAGUCACAAUUUGAACUCAAGCAUAGGGCCUUCGCCUUUGAAAAGUAUGUGGAGACAAGCCUUCUUGCUCAGUUUGAUAGAGACAUCCAGCCUGUUAAAACGAUAACUCUGAAGUUCUGUACAGCAAAAUCAUUCUGUCCAAAAAACAAACUCCGGAUACUCAGCAUACGUCUCACUCCUUUACAAAGCACAUCCAGGCCUCUUUGUCGCUAUGAUCUUGUUCUGGAAGAGAAUAAAGAUGUGAUCUUUAAACCGAUCCCUUGUGAAGACUCAAACUUUUGAUCCAGAACAAUGUUGAAGUAUAAAAGUUUUACAGAGCAGUCACGUGAUCACUGGCUCUGUACUUGUGAUACAGCUUUCACUCAUUUCAUACUUGUGUCGUGUUUAACUUAAAGGGAAAGUUCACCCCAAAAUAAAAAUUCUGUCAUCAUUUACUCGCCCUCAAGUUGUUCCAAACCUAAAUAAAUUGAUUUGUUCUGCUAAACACAAAGGAAGAUAUUUGGAAGAACCGAUGUCAUCCCCAUUGACUCCCAGAGUAUUUAUUUUCCCAACUAUGGCAGUAAAUGGGGAAAGUCAUCUGAUUGGUUACUAAAAUUCUUUCAAAUAUCUUCCUUUGUGUUUAUCAGAACAAAGACAUUUUUGGAUACCGGUUUGGAACAACCUCAGAGUGAGUAAAUGAUGACAGAAUUUUCAUUUUUGGGUGAGCUGUCCCUUUAAUUGUCCAGUUAUUUAGGGUCAUGCCUUCCGACUUAUACUUGAUUUUUUUACUCUAUAAACGAAGGCACAGCUGAAAUGUCUUUAUAUGCAAUGUAAAUAUUUUUGUAAAUAUCAGUUUUCUCUUUAUUGUCUCUUUAUAUCAAUGAUAUUUAUGUAAUUUCUUGGUUUGUUUGUUUGAAGUUAAAAUGCUGUGAAUAAAAACUGAUAUUUGCUGAUUUAUAAGAAAUUUUAAGUGAA